AUGUUCGUGUCCGACGAAGAGGUGGGUCACACUUUCGCCUAUUGGUACAAGAGGUACGGACCGGUCAUCAAGGAUUCGGUCUUGCUGGAUAGCAAGAAGCGCGAUUUGAUCCUCACGCUGGACGAGGAUGCAUAUCGCAAAUAUGCUGAUGACAUACUACCGAAACAACCGCACGAGAUCGAUUUUGAGACGACGGUCGCAAAUCUGGAGAAGCUUUUCACGUCAAAGAAGGCGCUGAUUCGACAACGAGACGGGACAACAGGGAAGAACAUCCUAGGUAAUGGAACUUGUAACGUCACCGAAGGCACGAAUCUGCUAGGACUGGAGUGGUGUAUUCAACUUCCAGCGUACAAGGAGUUGAAAGACAAAUACCACUGCCGAAUGGUGACUAAAGAAGAAGCAAACCGAGAGGAAAUCAUCGCAGACUUGAAGAAGCAAUACGCAGAAGUGUUCAAGUGCGGACUUGGCAGAUGCGUCAAGACUAAGGCGAAGUUGUUGUUGAAGGACAACGCAAAGAAAAAUGAGCAAAUCCGCUUGUGCGGAGACUUCUCGACAGGACUGAACAAUGCGCUGCAGUUGCACCAGCACCCGUUGCCCACCGCGGAGGACGUGCUUACGAAGUUGAAUGGAGGACAACUUUUCACGCAAAUCGACUUCGCAGAAGCAUAUCUGCAGGUGGAAGUUGAAGAAGAAUCGAAGGAAAUGCUGACGAUUAAUACGCCCAGAGGACUGUACCGCUACAAUCGUCUACCCUUCGGCGUGAAGUCAGCACCUGGCGUAUUCCAGCAGAUCAUGGAUCAAUGA